CCGCGCCACGCCGCCGCGCAGUCCCCGCGCCGCUCCGUGGGCCGCCGGAGCCGCACGUCGGGCCGCCCUCGUCUUCCUCCCUACCGCCGCCGCCUCUCGCUAUGAAUGCACGCCGGGCCCUGCUCUCAGCCGCCUUGCUCGCCAGCCUCCUCUGGGAUUUACCUUGCUGCCUCCCGGCUUCCCUCCCUGCCUCCUCGGAGCUCGCCGCCUCCUCCAAAGGUGGUCGCAGCCGCAGAGUGCCGCGGUCCCCACGGGAAAACCGCCCGCGGCAAGGGGGACACGCCAUGGACCGGGCGCUCCCGCGGGCGGAACCCCACGAGUACAUGCUGUCUCUGUUCAGGACUUACUCUAUCGCGGAGAAACUGGGCAUCAACGCCAGCUUUUUUCAGUCGUCCAAAUCCGCCAACACCAUCACUAGUUUUGUAGACAGGGGACGAGACGAUCUCUCGCCCGCUCCCUUGAGGCGGCAGCAGUAUGUGUUUGAUGUGUCGACCCUCUCGGAGACGGAGGAGCUGGUGGGGGCCGAGCUGCGGCUGUUCCGCGGCGCCCCCCGGGGCCGCCCGCCGCCCGCCGCGCCGCUGCACGUGCAGCUCUCCGCCUGCCUCUCGCCGCGCCCGCUCGACUCCCGCGCCCUGGACCCGCGGGCGGCCCCGUCCGCCGCCUGGGAGGUGUUCGACGUGCGGCAGGGCCUGCGGGAGCAGCGGCCCCGGAAGCGGCUGUGCCUGGAGCUGCGGGCCUCGGCGGACCGCGGGCCGCGGCGCUGGCUCGACCUGCGGGGCCUGGGCUUCGCGCGGCGGCCGCGGCCGCCGCAGGAGCGGGCGCUGCUGGUGGUCUUCACCCGCGCCCGGCGGCGGAGCCUCCUCGGGGAGCUGCGCGCCGAGCUGGGCGCCCCCCCGCCGCCCGCUGCCCGCCGCCCGCCGGCCCGGCGCCAGCGCCGCACCGCCUUCGCCAGCCGGCACGGCAAGCGGCACGGCAAGAAGUCCCGGCUGCGCUGCAGCAAGAAGCCGCUGCACGUCAACUUCAAGGAGCUGGGCUGGGACGACUGGAUCAUCGCCCCGCUGGAAUACGAGGCCCACCACUGCGAGGGCGUCUGCGACUUCCCGCUGCGCUCCCACCUGGAGCCCACGAACCACGCCAUCAUCCAGACCCUCAUGAACUCCAUGGAUCCCGGCUCCACGCCGCCCAGCUGCUGCGUCCCCACCAAACUGACCCCCAUCAGCAUCCUCUACAUCGACGCGGGCAACAACGUGGUGUACAAGCAGUACGAGGACAUGGUGGUGGAGUCCUGCGGCUGCAGGUAGCGGGCGGGACGCCCCUCGGCGGCGGCCGGGUCUGCGUCUGGCGAAGGUGCGGCGGCAGCGGCGAGCGGGACCCGUCCCGCGGCCGGCCGAGCGCGGCUGGGGCGGAGGGGACGGCGGAGGGGCGGGCGGCGGCUC